AUGGCGGGAAUACUCUCUGGCAUCUACUCAACCUUUAUCCGAAGGAACGCUGUCUUCCUAGGCACGAUCUUCGUCGGCGCAUUCGCGACUGAGAUUGCGUUUGAUACCGGCGCAAACUACAUCUGGGACCAAGCCAAUAAGGGCCGACAAUGGAAAGACAUCAAGCAGCGGUACCUGGAGGCAUCCGAGGACGACGAGUAGACUUGGAAUUGUCUUGAUAAGGGGGACAUAUUUGUUUGGGGGUUUGAAGAAAGAGCAGGAUCUUCACGCGCAGGCAUAGCCGAUGCCGCAAUCAAGGAACAUGUCACAGACAUUUUCUUGCAGCCAACUGCUCGAGAUUGCUGGCCGCUUGCAGCAUGUACAAACAUGAGAUAAAACGCAUUCAGAAACAUACCGACAACUUUCAAGUUACAAUUUCCUUGUCCAUAUCGUCCCAAGUGCCACCUCACUGACUGACCUUCGCAAAUGUUACUGUGACCCUUGGCUCAGUAUAUGUUGUGGAAUUCUCUCUACAGCUAAAUGACGCCAAUCCUCUGUUUCUCAACGGGGAGUUGUUCCAGAAGAAGGCUGGAUGUCAGGCAAAUUUGGAAUUAGUACGAGUGUGAAGACGAUGUGUACUAAAAGAUUUGCCAUCCAUAUGUGAUAUACGGAUACAUAGAACAAUCGCAAAUCAUGGC